AACGAGGCGUGGUCAGUCAAGAACUAACAGGUGGGCCAGUCAGUACAGCUGCAGUCACACUUCAUCAACAGGAUACCUACCGUGUUUUCUCUCCGGUAGAUUAAUACAGCUGCAACAAAAUGCCAAAGUGCCCAAAGUGCCAGAAGGAAGUUUACUUCGCUGAGAGGGUGACAUCGCUGGGGAAGGACUGGCACAGGCCCUGUCUGAAGUGUGAGAAGUGCAACAAGACGCUGUCAGCAGGCUCACAUGCAGAGCAUGAAGGCAAGCCGUACUGUAACAACCCCUGCUACAGUGCAAUGUUUGGACCUAAAGGAUUUGGACGUGGUGGAUGCGAGAGCCACACAUAUAAAUAGACAGGUUCAGGUAGUGAAAAAUGUUGUCUGGAAACUUGAUCGAAGAAGCCAGCGUGCUUAAAAGUCCCAAUAAAAUACAGCAAACAAACUCAUUCAUUCGUUCUCAUUCAGAACAAAGUUUUGUGUGCGUGUGUUUUUAUUUUUUUAUUUUUUUUAACUCUUUCAGAAGAUGAGUGUGUAUUCCCAUGAUAUCGUAAUGAAGUGGUUGUCCUCUAGUCUCUUCCUGUUAUUAAGGUGGACAUUCUGAUUAAACACUUUUUAAAUUUG